CCCCCCCCCCUCUCUCUCUCGUCAAAAUCCCCAAAAAUUCUCAAUCUCCGGACCUCAAAUUGCCCCAAAAAUUUUCCACCAUGAAGCAGCUCUACAAGCAAUCAAACAGCUUCGGGCGCCAAUCGCCGACCUCCUCAUCUCAGAUCCCUUACACAUCCAAACCCUCAAAACCCCGAUCUCAGCAGAUCUCCGUAGCCCACCGCCUUCUCUUCCUCCUCCUCGGCGCCCUGAUCGCCUCCUCCCUCUUCCUCAUCCAACCCUACCUCUCCUCCUCCUCCGACGCCGCCGCCGCCUUCGCAGCCGCCGCCGCCGACGACCCUCCCAACGUCGAGUACGGCCACCGUGCUCUCUACCACCGCCGCUCCCGCCCGUGGGCCCCAGCGGGUCCCGUCGCCCUCAAACCCUCGAAGCGGAUCGUGGUCACGGGGGCCGGAUUCGUCGGAAGCCAUCUCGUGGAUCGGUUGCUGGAUCGGGGGAUUGCGGUGAUUGUGAUUGAUAAUUUCUUUACGGGGAGGAAGGAUAAUUUGGUGCAUAGGUUUGGGGAUCCGAGGUUUGAGCUGAUCAGGCACGAUGUUGUCGAGCCGAUUUUGCUUGAGGUUGACCAGAUUUAUCAUCUUGCGUGCCCGGCGUCGCCCGUGCAUUACAAGUAUAAUCCCAUCAAGACCAUCAAGACAAAUGUGAUGGGAACCUUGAACAUGUUGGGGCUGGCAAAGAGGAUUGGGGCACGUUUCCUGUUGACCAGCACUAGUGAAGUUUAUGGUGACCCACUUGAGCAUCCACAGAAGGAGACUUACUGGGGCCAUGUCAACCCUAUAGGAGUUAGGAGUUGUUAUGAUGAAGGAAAAAGAACAGCAGAAACAUUGGCUAUGGAUUACCAUCGAGGUGCAGAUGUUGAGGUUCGUAUUGCUCGUAUUUUCAAUACAUAUGGACCACGGAUGUGCUUAGACGAUGGGCGGGUUGUUAGCAACUUUGUUGCACAGGCCAUCCGGAAGCAGCCAAUGACAGUAUAUGGUGAUGGAAAGCAAACUCGAAGUUUCCAAUAUGUUUCUGACUUGGUUAAUGGGUUGAUGGCACUGAUGGAAGGAGAACACAUUGGACCGUUCAAUCUUGGCAAUCCAGGGGAAUUCACCAUGUUAGAGCUUGCUGAGGUCGUGAAAGAGACAAUCGAUCCCAGUGCAACAAUCGAGUUCAAAGAGAACACAGCAGAUGACCCACAUAAGAGAAAACCCGAUAUCUCCAAGGCGAAGGAGCUCCUGAACUGGGAACCCAAAAUUUCAUUGCGUGAAGGGCUACCUCUAAUGGUGACCGAUUUCCAGAAAAGGAUCCUCAACGGUGAAAAAUAGAGCAGAAGGGAAUCCAAUCUAAAAGCUGUAUCAUAGAAGCAGGCUGUUUGUUACUGACACGGUUGAUCUAUGUAUUGGAUCAUUGUUUUUUUUGAGUUCCUAUUCUUGCCUGCUGUUUAUUUUCAGUCUCAUCUGUGAAUGAGCUCUUCUUUUACCUUGUAUUCUUUUGUUUCCCAAACCAACUGCAGACUGAUAAGAUGUAAGAAUUUUGUUUUCCUUUACUUUUAUAUAUAUAUUGAUCGUCUCAUUUCA